AUGUCCCAGAAGGAGCCCAAACGGAAAAGGGGUCGUUGGCGGACGAACAGCAGGGGUUGCUUCGUGGCCGCCAUCUUUGUAAAGGGCAAACGCAGCUCCUACCCCCUGCAGCAAGGCCCAGACAUCGUGAGCCGUAGAGGCCCACGGAGAGCCCGGAUACCCUGGGAAACUCCGGAGCUUCGAGUGCUGCCUGGAUACUGCGAAUCAGCGUGCAGCCCCCCGGGAAGGCCCUGCCAGUCGGGUAGCUGUGACCCUACUGGGGGCCUGACCGUGCGUGCCUGCCCUCGGGGAGGUUACACUCCUUGCGGGAAGCAAAACUCCGCCCUACUAUGUGCCUACUUUUUGCAUGCCUACCCUCGGGGCUCUUACACUGCUAGACGCAGUCCCACCGAAGUUCUCAGACUAGUAUCCCUCCUCAUGCUUGCACAGGCUGGCUGCAGAAUGGCUGCACCUGGUCCUACCUGUCCCGUCAGGUAUCCCUCCUCAUGCUUGCACAGGCUGGCUGCAGAAUGGCUGCACCUGGUCCUAGCUGUCCCGUCAGGUAUCCCGCCUCAUGCUUGCACAGGCUGGCUGCAGAAUGGCUGCCCCUGUGUCCUAGCUGUCCCGUCAGGUAUCCCUCCUCAUGCUUGCACAGGCUGGCUGCAGAAUGGCUGCACCUGGGUCCUAGCUGUCCCGUCAGGUAUCCCUCCUCAUGCUUGCACAGGCUGGCUGCAGAAUGGCUGCACCUGGGUCCUAGCUGUCCCGUCAGGUAUCCCUCCUCAUGCUUGCACAGGCUGGCUGCAGAAUGGCUGCCCCUGUGUCCUAGCUGUCCCGUCAGGUAUCCCGCCUCAUGCUUGCACAGGCUGGCUGCAGAAUGGCUGCCCCUGGGUCCUAGCUGUCCCGUCAGGUAUCCCGCCUCAUGCUUGCACAGGCUGGCUGCAGAAUGGCUGCACCUGGGUCCUAGCUGUCCCGUCAGGUAUCCCGCCUCAUGCUUGCACAGGCUGGCCGCAGAAUGGCGCCACAUGGCAUUGGGUGUCAGGCACAAGGAGCUUCACAGAAUGA